UCUACGUCAUCUUUUCUUCAACUACCUACAAUUUUCAUCCCUUUCUUAUCCUCCCUCUACAAUUCUAAGAAAAAAUAAAAUAAAUAGUAAUUGGGAUCAUCAACAUGCUAAAAACGUUCCAAAUUAAUUUUUUUUUCAGUAAAAAAAAAUGAUUCGGUGAUUCUUAAAAGGAUAAUUGAAAAGGGUAAAUUGGGUAUAUCGCCGGAGACCAUGGAAGCAGGUUAGUGUUGUGUUUAUCGUCAAACUCGUGAAGCAGUGACAGAGAAGGUCCACCAACCGAGCCGGUGACGGAGUUUCGCUAACAGCCAAUCACACUCCUCCAUGUCACCCCUCCUUCUUCUGCCCUCCCCCACGUGUCGACGGUCACCGUCAACUCACCCCCUUCUGUCAAAUGAAACCCCAAAAAAGAUCGGCGGCAUGGACGACGACGAGAUCCAGUCGCAUUCGUCGCCGGCGAGCGGAUCCCCGGCGUCAUCGUCGCGGCCGAACGGCAGGAUAACGGUGACAGUGGCGGCCCCGGCGCCGCAGCCUCCGUCGCCGCCCGCGGUGAACGGCCUGGCAUUAGCACUCCCGAUCCAGCAGCCGGCGAAGGGAAACGACGGCGGCGGAGGGAGGGAGGAUUGCUGGAGCGAAGGCGCAACGGCGGUGUUGAUCGACGCCUGGGGAGAGAGGUAUCUGGAACUGAGCAGAGGAAAUCUGAAGCAGAAGCACUGGAAGGAGGUGGCGGAGAUCGUGAGCGGCAGAGAGGAUUACACGAAGGCGCCGAAGACCGACAUCCAGUGCAAAAACCGGAUCGACACCGUCAAGAAGAAGUACAAAUCGGAGAAGGCGAAGAUCGCCGCCGGUGCCAUCAGCAAGUGGCCGUUCUACGACCGAUUGGACCAGCUAAUCGGUCCAACCGCCAAGAUCCCUACCGCCGGGAACAGUAACCUACCGCCGCAGAAGGUUCCGUUAGGGAUCCCUGUCGGCGUCCGUGGCGUCGCGAAUCAGUUUCACCAUCCUCAAAAGGCGCCAGCGACGAAGAGCCAGAAGAUUCAGUUCCGGCGCUCUGGUCCUCCGGUGGAGUCCGCUUCGUCGGAGGGAGACGUGUCGUCGCCGGCGUCGAGCGACAGUUUUCCGCCGGAGAGAUCGGAGCGGAAGAGGCGGCGGGUGACGAGCUCGAAGGGCGCGGCGAAAGGAAGGGACGGAGGUGGUCGGAAGGGGAAGGGUCGGAAGGGGAAGGGUUGGGGAAGCGCGGUGCGGGAAUUGACCCAGGCGAUUAUUAAAUUCGGCGAGGCUUAUGAACAAGCGGAGAGCUCGAAGCUCCAGCAGGUGGUGGAGCUGGAGAAGCAGAGGAUGAAGUUCGCUAAGGAUUUGGAGUUGCAGAGAAUGCAGUUCUUCAUGAAGACUUAAUUGGAGAUUUGGCAACCACAAUAUCAAUAAUAGUGACAGUGAAUGAGUGAGGAAGGGAUAACUAGGUUAAGUUAAGGUUAGAUUGGAAUUUCAUUAGCCUUCUGCUUUAUGUGUUUAGUUGUUGUUAUUAUUAUUAUUAUUAUCAUUAUCCCGUAAUUGUUACAGUUAAGUUAGUGGGAGGGAAUGCUAUGGUGGAUGCUGCAACCUAAAAGAAAAGAAAAAUGCAGGGGUAUGUGCUGAAUAAUCUAAUCAAUCUCCUUGCAUUGCAGCAGAUGUAUCGCUUCACUUGUCAUGUGUAACACCUAUCUAAGUUAUAUUAGUAUGAGCCUAUGAGGGCAUCAUAUCUUCAUCAUUCAUAGCUCUAGUUUCUAAUUGGAUACACUGUACAUGUUGGAUAUGCAACCUCAUGGGUUCCAAUUUAGUUUUUAGUACAUUUCAAUUUCCUGCAAUCUCACCUGCUUAUUUA